ACAUCCCGGAAGUGACCGCUGAACGCAAAAUAGAAACAAACAGACUGUCGGAGAAAGACGAGCUCAUCGAGGGAACGGCCUCUGUACUGUGUUCUCUGCUGUUUUUCUUACUUUGUUCUUUUUUUACUGAUGACUACUUGGACCACGAUGAUGAUAAAAGUUCCUUCGUGGGUGUUUGCCGCUGCCUUUGUGCUGCUGGUUAGCUUUGCUAGCCUCGGAGGAAGCCAAACAACAGCCCCUCCACCAUCCCCCUGUUCUUCCUACACAACGUGUGAUACCUGUGUUCCUCAUGCAAAGUGUCUGUGGUGUUUCGCCAACAACAACUGCACAGAUUACCCCGUGACCUGGCUGCUGCCUCCAGCGUCUCUAUGCAAACUGUCCGAGGCCCGAUGGGGAGUGUGCUGGCUGAACUUUGAGGCCCUGAUCAUCACCCUGGGCGUGCUGGGUGGAGUCAUCGUCCUCUCCAUCACCGUGUGCUGCUGCUACUGCUGCUGCUGCAAGAGCGGUCGGUCAAGGCCUGACAGAGAUGAGGAGAGAUAUGCCAGGAGGAGGGAGGAGAUCAAACAACGCGCUGAGGAGCGGAAGACGGAUAGGAAGACGAGGCAUGACGAGAUUCGCAGGAAGUACGGUCUGAUGGCCGACUCCGACCACCCGUACAGCAAGUUCGAGAACGAGUGAAAACAGGAGGAAGAGGCGUCGUUUUCCUUCAGGCGACACGCCCGGCUGCUCGCAUGUCUUCACUUUUAGCUCGGAUCCACGUCCUCGACCGACGACGUCCAGAAUGAUAGAAUCUCCUUUUUAUUUUUCAGACUGUAUGAAGAAGAUCGACCUUUACUUUUGCCUUCUGAUUCUUCAUGUGGAUGCUGUGUUGUGUUGCCGAAAAGAUGUAAAAGCUGUUUUAAACUUCUGCCGGUGUCUUUGGGUUUUGAAUUUGAGCAGUCUCCGUUUUUAAACAUUGUAGUUUCAUAUCAAAUCUUUGCACUUUGUACAUAUGAAAGUUGAUUCAUGAAAUGAAGAACGAUGAUUGUAAUGCAGAUAUAGACUGACACACCAAUAAAAGUCUCUUUUAAGAAUAA